CCGGAAACUCAAAAAAAAAAUCUCUGGUCGCAACUGGCCCUUUGCUGUCGAACUGGGCUACGCCGAUGUUGGCGUGGAUGAUGGGCCACCACGUGUGCCAGGGGUGCACCAAAAUCCAUGCCCCUGAGGGCUACUACAAUAUCAACAUGGUUGUAUUCCCCGAUAAGCUCGGCAUUGCAGCAUAUGCGCACACCUAGGUGUAUCCAUGGGCGUUCGUACCAACAACUGUUUUUGUCCAGAGACAUUCUUCAACCCAGGCGGCCAUACCCGAUACCACCUACUAACCAUGACGUCGACAAACGCUAUCGCCAGGGAUUCACUACAGUUCAAGUGGGUGGGUUUAGACCUAACUAUCAGACCCACUUGUGGCGCGAGGCUGUUGCGAGGUCCACUGUAGAGUACCCACUAGUCCCUUUGAAGGCUAAUACACUCAAGCUGACCAUCGAGGAUCGCGAACCGGCCCACAGGGAUGCCAUGACGUGGAGUGCCACAACGCGCGCGGGUGUGACCAGCGACAAGUGCACUUGCAAUACCCUCUGCGUAUGCAAGGACAUAGCCGCUGAGUCAUACACAGCCAUGGUCAAUUGGCAACACAUCUUCGCUGAUCUUAGACUUGGGCAGCAACUGGUUCGUCCUGGCUGCUGGUUCGUCCUGGCUGCUGGUUCGUCCUGGCUGCUGGUUCGUCCUGGCUGCUGGUCGUAUGGUGACAUGCUUCCGGUUGGCUACAUGAAUACCACUGACCAAGGCUGAUCACAC